AAAACAAAAAAAAAAAAAGAAAAGAAAAACAAUUGAUCGCCAAUCUUGAUCGUUUACCAAUGACAAGUGACAAUGCUUCGUUUUAUGCACUUUAAUAGAUCCAAGGCAAUUUUUCUAACGCUUCUCAUCCUGACAAUCAAGUGUCGAACGGCGCUGGCAGCAAUAGAAUUUGACGAAGAAUGUCCAUCACUGACGAAUGCGUCCAGCCUGCAACAGAGUCAAUUAAUACAAAGAUUAACUCAUGUAUGUCGCUACGAUCGUUUAGAACGGCCUAUAGAGUACAGUGAAACGGGCGAAAGAUUGCCAGUGAAAGUCAAAGCCCGAAUUUAUAUCUACUAUAUGCAGAAUCUCAAUUCGGAUUUACUGCAAUUUAAAAUGCAAGCCCUGUUGCAGCUUAGUUUUCUUGACAGUCGUCUCGCGUAUCAACAAUAUGCACCCGCUCGGAAGGAAAAUAUUUUGGGACAAAAGCAUUUAAGCGAGAGACUUUGGUUGCCCCAUAUAUUUUUUGCCAAUGAAAGAGAGUCCGGCAUCUUGGGUACAGAUGAAAAAGAUGUACUUACUUCAAUCUCACCGGAAGGUAGAAUCAUAAUAUCAACACGUCUUCAAGCCACACUUUAUUGCUGGAUGAAUUUUAAAAAAUUCCCCUUCGACGAACAAUUUUGUUCGACCAUUCUGGAAAGCUGGAUGUACAACACCACCGAAUUGGUCCUCGAAUGGGAGGAAAAUUCUCCGAUAUCAUUUAAUCCAGACUUACGUUUAACAGAAUAUAAUAUGCAACGAUUUUGGAUAAACGAAACCGCGGUCAACUCGGACGGCGUCAAUUUACGUCAUGGCGCAUUUAGUGGGAAUUAUAGUUCGCUAAGCUUUACUAUGAACUUAAAUCGUGAAAUUGGAUUUUAUCUCAUGGACUAUUUCUUACCUUCAAUGAUGAUUGUCGCCAUAUCGUGGGUAUCUUUUUGGUUGCAAGCGGAUGCAUCGCCCCCACGAAUUAUGUUAGGCACUAGUACUAUGUUAUCGUUUAUCACAUUAUCUUCAUCGCAAAGUAAAACACUACCAAAAGUCAGUUACAUUAAAGUGUCCGAAGUUUGGUUUUUAGGCUGUACAUUUUUUAUAUUCGGUAGCUUGGUCGAAUUCGCCUUUGUCAAUACAAUUUGGCGGCGAAAAGAAAAUAUUGAAUUGAAAAAAGUCAACAGUAAAUAUAUUAUAAAAUCUACACUUACUCCACGACCAUCGCGUCGUCAAAUGGGCUUAAACAAUCAGUCAAGAACGCGCUCAUGCUCGAGUUUGGAUAACAUUGUGUCUAGUUCGGAAAGUGUCGCCAAUGGCAACACUAAUCAAUCUUUCAACAAUUAUUUAACAGUACAUAAUCUUCCUAUUAUCACCACACAAUCGGUAGACGAUACCUCGGAGCAUAUCAUCAAUCUGGACAAUAAAGACUCCAAUGGCUUGAAUUCCGGUGGCGAAAAUACAACAUUUACAACAAUGACGCCACAAGAGAUUGCUAUGUGGAUUGAUCGCCGUUCACGUUUUUUGUUUCCCGUUACUUUUUUGGCGUUUAAUGCCCUCUAUUGGACAUUCGUGUAUUGUUUUUGA